GUUAACACAAAUUGCGUUGAAGCUGCGCCGAGUUUCACAGAUCUUUGCAUUGUAAGACUUUUAUUGGAGUUCGACAAAAUUGUUGACGGAGAGCGUUACUAAAGAUACAGAUCUGUGGUAGUGCACAGUCAAUGUACUUUCCAAGAUCCCGGUGAACGAGAGUGACAUGACAUCAUUUGUACGAAAAACUCCGACUCAUGAAUAGCUCAGCAGAGUUAGCUAACGUUUGCUAUAGCUGUACUUCUUACUACUUGCAAACUAAAUAGCUAACUAGAUAAUUAUUUGUGGCUCUUUCAAAACAAGUUUUUUAUGAAGACGUUUGAGAUACCCUGACUACCAUAUGAAAGAGUGGGGAGUGAUUGGUGGUGGGGGAGUUAAACCUUUUGCCAAUGCAGUGUCUGUACUAUAAAGAGGAGGGGGUUUGUCUUCAGGACAAAGGGCAAAUGAAGGAGUUCAUCCCAGGCGUCUCUUCUGUUCCCAACCAUGGCUAACAUCAAAGACAGAGAGAAGUCUAAUACUAACUGCAUAUGUCUCCUGUGCAGCCUACAGAAGGAUGAUGAAGAAUCACAAAGAAGAUGAGUUUGUUGCAGUGCGGGUCCAAGACCCUCGGGUUCAGAAUGAAGGCUCUUGGAACUCGUACGUGGACUUCAAGAUAUUUCUUCACACCAACAGCAAGUCUUUCACGGCCAAAACGUCCUGUGUGCGCCGGCGCUACAGUGAGUUUGUCUGGCUCAAGAAGAGGAUGCAGAAGAACACUGGCUUGGUACCUGUCCCAGACCUGCCCAGCAAGUCCUUCUUCUCCUUCAGUGGUGAGGACUUCCUGGAGAAGAGGAGGAAAGGCCUGCAGUCCUUCCUGGACAAAGUGUGCAGCAUGACAGUGUGUCUGUCAGACAGCCAGCUCCACCUCUUCCUGCAAACCCAACUGCCGGUUGGUCACAUCCUGGACUGUGUGCAGGGCCACACACCCUACACUGUGACAGAGGCCAUCCUCACCUAUGCCUCGUCCAAUCAGGGCUGGGUUCAGGAAGAGGACUCGACCCAGGAGCCGAGUCUCACUCCAGUUCCUUAUGAGUCCAUGGAGAGCCCUGCUCCUCAUCUACCUACUCUGCAAUGUCAAGAGCCCCUCAACCCUGUGAACCUCGCCUCCAGUGAGCCAGAGGGCCUACGGACUGAGAAGUUCCUAGCUGGUGCCGAUGACAUAGACAUUGUGGAGUUACAGCUCAGUGAGACUGAGACCCUUUCCUCAGAGGUCACCCAGGAGGACCACAAAGUAGUCCAGGUAGAGGCCGUCCUGGAGAUACAAAGCCCAGUGGAGACUAUUUUUAAGUGGGACAGCCAUGAAGAAUCUACUCCAGAGAGGCUCGACCAUGAGGAGGUGAUCCACCACCAAGGUGAUUGUCAACAGCAGACACCUGUGGAAGUGCACUGUGAAAAGGACAAAGGCUUGGAGGAGGAGUGUGAAGUGGAGGUGAAGACUGAGAGGGUCAUUAAGGAGGAGAGCCAUGCUGACAUGACUACAGAGACAAUCCCUCCCAAACAGAGUAGCCUAGACCCAGAUAGCCAUGAGGAGGUGGUCCACCAAGGGGAAUGUCAACAGCAGACACCUGAGGAAGAGGCCACAGGUCUGGAGAAGGAGUGUGUAUCGGAAGUGGCCCUUGAGGAAGAGACCCAAACAGACACAACUACAGAGACAAUCCCUCCCAAACAGAGUAGCCCAGAGCUAGACAUCCAUGAGGAGACUCCUCGAGAUGGAGAUAGCCUAAGGGAGACAGUUCUAGAGGACCUUAGCCCUGCGGAGGAAGCUCAAGAAAGCAUCAGUCAUGAGAAGACAACCUCAGAAGGGGACAGCAACAUAGACACAGAAACAGCCAUUGAGUUGGACAGCCAAGGGCACACAGAUGAGAUGAACUCCCACAUAGAGAUCAGCCUAGAGGAAGACUGUCAUGAGAUCACAUCAGAAGAGGUGGAACGUGUUGAUGACUCAACCCAAGAGGUAGAAAGUGUCCAUGAUGCAACCCAAGAGGUAGAAAGUGUCCGUGUUGCAACCCAAGAGGUAGAAAGUGUCCGUGUUGCAACCCAAGAGGUAGAAAGUGUCCAUGAUGCAACCCAAGAGGUAGAAAGUAGAGAUGUUGCAACCCAAGAGGUAGAAAGUAGAGAUGUUGCAACCCAAGAGGUAGAAAGUAGAGAUGUUGCAACCCAAGAGGUAGAAAGUAGAGAUGUUGCAACCCAAGAGGUAGAAAGUAGAGAUGUUGCAACCCAAGAGGUAGAAAGUGGCGAUGAGGCAACCCAGAAGAAGAAGGCUCCCUUGGACAUUCAACAAGUAGAUGAUCAGCUGGACACAACCCAAGAGGUUCAGAUUGAUGAGGAAAUGAAUGGAAAGGAUGGGGAGAGUCUUGGGGAUGGGGCAACAACAUCUGAUGGGAGUAGCCAUAAGGAGAGCAACGACAAGGAUUCUGCCAAUAACAACAAUGCAAUACAAGAGACGAAUGGCUACAUGGAGACAGCUCCCGAGAAGGAAAAUCACCAAACAGACCGCACAGAGGCGGAGAAAGUCUGCAACAACCCAGACAUCGUAAUGCCCGGAACGAACCGAGAUCCCUCACAUGAUGAAAUCACACCUGAGGUACCCAAUGCUCAGGGGACCAAUGGUGUCAAAGUCAGAGAGGACAGGGAUAUUUUGUACAUGGUCAAAAGUUGCUCAGCGAAAACCCUGGAGAAUGAAUCUUCAGAACUAGUGGGUGGUGGAGUUGAGAUAAAGGACAUGGGAAUCCAAGAGAGCAGUCAUCUGGAGUCUGAGGGCCACUGUACGGAGCAGGACACCUCAUUAACCCUGGAGGGUAAUACUGAGGCCUCAGAAGUGAGCUAGGAAUGUGAGGCCAAUGGGUUCACUUCUGCUACAAACCAGACUGUGAGCCCAGAGAUGGAGCCCUAGAUGUUAGGCUACUGCUGCACGCACUCUGAACCUGAACAAUGGAUAGUGGGAUCUCUUCUGCCAAAGACAUAACCAGUCUUUCACUCACCCUGCUCGCCUAUUCUCACACUGUGUAUCCCUACCUCUCCCUCCAGCUAAGCUUUGCUUGCGUUGAUUAACUUCCUCUGUUGGGCAGCAGAGGGUGCUCAAAGGCACAGUAAUACUUGAGUCUAUGGGUGAGAACUUCCCCAAGCUGACAAGCCCAGUGUAUCACACUUCAUAUUUGGAACUUGGGCCUAUAAGGGAAUUAGUCAAUUUAACUCAACCGGCUGUGGUGCCCCAAUGACAUUAAUGUGACAAUUAUUUUGUCAGUUAAUCCACAUGCCUUAACGCUGUAUGCUUGACUAUGAGGGGCCUAAUAACUUGUUGUGGUUGUGUCCCAACCUGCCACAAGUCACUCUGAAGCACGUGCCCAUCUGAACACUUGCCUUGAGGAGAUAAGGGCAUGGAUGAAGCAAAACUUCCUUCAACUGAACAGCAGCAAAACCGAGACCCUGCUUGUUGGCACCCCCUACCAGGUUCAGCACUCACCAAUAACACACCUCACCAUAGCAGGACAGAACAUCCCUCUCUCCCCCUCAGUUUCCAAUCUGGGUGUAAAGCUUGAUUCCUCCCUGAUCUUUGACCGCCACAUCAAACAACUUUGUAAAGUGUCAUUCUAUCACCUCAAGAACAUCGCCAAACUCUGUCCCACCCUCAUUCAGUCUGAUGCAUAGAAGCUCAUCAAUGCCUUUAUCUCCUCAAGGCUGGACUACAGCAACGCACUCUUCAUCGGGAUCCCAGGCAGGAGCCUCCAGAAGCUCCAGUACAUCCAGAACAGUGCUGCCAGGAUCCUGAUGAGAGUGCGGAAACACCAUCACAUCACCCCCAUCCUGGCAUCUCUGCACUGGCUCCCCGUCUCAUUACAGACCCUCCUGCAGACUUUCCAGUGUAUUCAUGGCAAUGCCCCCCCUUAUCUAAAAUAACUACUCUCCCUCCAUAACUCCACCUGCACCCUUAGGGCAAGCGAUAGCCUGCUCCUCCACACCCCCAGGACCAAGCUCAGCUCCUUGGGGGAUCAGACUUUCAGCUCGACCGCCCCAAGCCUCUGUAAUGCCCUCCCGGACCACCUGAAGGCACCACAGACUCUGGGCUCCUUUAAAAUGGGCCUAAAGUCCUUUUCUCUUUAGGAAGGCUUUCAAAUCUAAUUUUAUUUGUCACAUGCUUUGUAAACAAGUGUAGACUAACAGUGAAAUGCUUACUUACGAGUCCUUUUCCAACAAUGCAGAGUUCGAUAAAGAUAGCUGGGCUCUUUGGUGUCCUUGUCACUUAUAGCGUCAGCUGUGUUCUUUGUGUCAGUUGCCCUGUCUAGUUGUCCCAAGAAAUGGUUUUAUAUUUUAUUUAAAAAUUAUUUUAUGCACUUUGAGAUUAUUCUGUUUAAUGAAAAGUGCUUUACAAAUGUAAUUUAUUAUUAUUAUUAUGUGAUCCAGAACUGUCGCAGUUAUGCCGUGAUUAUGAAUUUGGAGUCUGUGAAAGUUACUCAAGCCACAGCUUAUCAUGCAAUCAUCUUUGGCAAAAAGUGUAAUCCUGCACGCAUUCCCUUUGCUGUUGUGGGCGAUUUCUGGGUUCAGCUUGAAUAAACAGGGAUGAGGGUCGUUCCACCUCAAAAAGCACUUAGUAAGAGGAUUUCCACAACCACCAUCUCAGAUUGUGCCGUAAUCAUUUCUGUAGUUAGAAACAGAUAAGAUUAGCAUUCCUGAAACAUUAUUUUGUUGAAAUAUAAUUUGAUCUCUGAGAAAUUAAAGGUCCAAUGCAGCCAUGUUUAUCUCAAACUCAAAUAUUUUCUGGGUAACAAUUAAGUACAUUACUGUGAUUGUUUUAAAUUAAAAUGGUCAAAAAGAAACAAAAAUAGCUUCUUAGCAAAGCGCCAUUUCUCAAGCAAGAAUGUGGGGAGUGGUCCCAGUGGGGAAGGGAAACCUGAACUAGCUGUUAUUGGCAGAGAUGUUUGGAACUCUAUCUUAUUGGUCUAUUAACUAAAUUACCGCCUGGUGAUGUC